AUGUCCUCCUCUUCGGAUGAAGCCCCCUCCAUCCUUGGGGAUCCGGACGAGGAGACGGUGACGCCGCGUCAUGAAUGGACCGUUGGCUCCCGGUGCGACCUGCCUCGUUUCCGAGGCCGCUGCCUAGGGGACGACGUUUCGUGGAAGGCCGAGGACUCCCUACGCAUCGUGGCUCUGCAAACGGCAGGGACCGGCGGUGACCGCUACCCGUGGGGUCGCUGGUGGGCCUCGUGCUUGUGCGACCUGGGCGCGGAUGUGGGAAUUCUAUCUGAGACUCGGACUGCAGGAGAGGCAGCUCAUGCAGCUGCCACGCGUGGCCUUCUCGAGGGAGGGUACACUGCAAUUAGCCAUAAUGUCCCUCCGCCAAACGUGGGUAGACACAGCCGAGACGUGGAGCCCACGGCCUCAGACCCACGGGCCAGCGGCAUUGUGCUGGCGGUGCGGCGUGGACACGCCUCGGGUUGGGCAGAUGUGGCCAGGGGCCCGCACGGGCGUGCCGUUGCGGCGUCCUUGACAUUGGCAGAUGGAGCAGAGCUCCGGGUUAUUGCGCUGUACGGGGUAACGGGUGCCUGUCUCCCAGGAUUCGAGAACCGUGAGGCCGCCCUUCGGCAGGAGCGGGAACUCAACGAUUUUGUGAUCGACCAGUCCCGCUUGGCCCUGGGACGGGGAGCCUUACUGGUUGCUGCUGGAGACAUUAACUCUGUCGCUGACCCUGCCAUGGACUGCUGGCAAGGGGAAACCCGUCCCCGUGCUGACAGCCUCUGCUCAACGUUGUGUAACUGUGGCUUGGUGGAUACUUUUCGUUCCCUCCACCCAUACAUACCGGCAUACACUUUCUUUUCUACCUCUGGUGGAGCCACGCGCCUGGAUGGGAUCUUCUGGCGGGCGCCGGUGGACUCAGAUGUCAAACUGCGUAACGCUGCUGUCGUCUGGCAGUGGCCACGUCGGGUCGAUCAUGACCCGGUCAUAGCUGACUUCUCGUGGCCGCUCGCUGUGGUACUGGAUGAGGACAUCGAGGACGGCUCUGGUUGGAAAAAUAUCCUCCGCUGCCUGGACACGCAAGGUGAUUGGUCAAAGCAAGCGGUGGAGGUUACUUUGGAGCCACACCGCCUAGAAUUGCAGCAGCUGCUACAGGAGGUUGAAGACGUGAGCGUGGCAUGUGGGCGAUCCCCUUCCGGAGCCCGAUGUGCAUCCCACUCAAACCUGUGGUGCGGGUUAUUAGAGGGGAUACUGCCUGAGUCGCGGCUGGAGGACCGACGAUCGCUGGACCUGCAAGCGCGGCUAAAUGAGUGCCAUAUCCGGAUUCGACAGAUACUCCUGGACUGCCUCCCUUCGGUGCCCCCACCUGCGCAUGCACGGCGGCAUCAUCGAGCGAGUGGUGCGUGGGAUACGGUCUUAUUCGCUCUUCGGGAGUAUCGACAGGAGCUCACUGCUUUCAACCGCGGACUUGCCCCGCCGCCCCAAGCGGCGACGCUAGAUCAACUGCAAACUGCCUGGGGGCAGGCUGUGGCCCUACUGCGCUGGCUCCGGUCCCAACCCGCUCCUGAGGUGGAGGGUUCCUUUGAUUGUGCGGAUUGGGACGGUUUUCGGUCAGGGCCUUUGGCCUGGGCUCAACCACGGGGCUACACCGAGGCGGCGGCGUCCGCCUGGAAGGGCCCUCCUCAGGCCCCCCCUGAUGUGACAGCCAGACCUCUGGCAGAACCUGCCUUGCCACUUGUGCUGCCUCGGGAUCGGCCCGCGGCGGCGCAGCAGCUUGAAGCCUCCCUGGCAUGGAAAGCCUCAGCCAAGCAGCAUCGCUCCUCAGUCUGGAGGCAUGGCGCCGCAGAGCGACGCCAGACUCGCGAUGGACGCUCUGUGGCUCCAUCUACAGCGGAACAAGCCAGGCUGGGCGCCGCUCAGGAGUGGCGGCGUCUGCAUGGUGGACCUGAACCCGGUUGGUCGCAUGAGGUGCUCCGCUGCUGGGUGGAUGGCAUGGGCCAACGCCGGGGGUCGCCUAACCUGCGCAAAAUUUCGGACGCGCCGCCGGGUAGUGACCUUCGCCGGCUUGGUGUGGCUUACCUUCAGCCCGGCCCCUUCCUGCUUUUGGAUUGGCGGUCCGCUGACAUAUGCUUUGUGACGGCAGGGGAGGUCACCGGGAGGUCUGUGUGGCCGGUCUGCGACUGCGUCAUGGGCCAGACGGCUGCUGGCUGGCCUGCCGUCCGGCUCCUUGCCCGGGUGAGGACUAUGUCCUUUUCACUGUUGGUGGAGCCCCAUCUACGGAAUGGGAUGCCGAACGGUGGCACCACGCCAGCGUGGGCGGCGCUCGCGGCCAGGACCCUCGGGGUGGACCUGUUCCCGGACUGGGCCCAAGAGGUGUACUGGCGCUCCCUGGACGUCCAACGGGCAUGUGCCAUGGUGGUGGAUUGCCUACGGACUGGCCUCCAAAUCAACGUUGCGAAGCCCAAGGCGGGGUGGAGGCCGCUGACUAUGCUGGAAGAAUGCUUUAAGUGCGUGGAGGGCCCAGUCACGCGGCGUUUCGCCCGUGCGCGCAUGUCGUUGCCUCCCGGCAGCGUCUAUAGUAGCACCAAUCGGGCCUUUGAGCCAGGUGUGAGCGCGGCCGUGGAGGUGCUGGCUCUGGACACCCUGGUAGUUGAGGAUUCGGUGGCCCAUUCUCGGAGCAUCUGCAGGAUUCCCGCUGACUACGAGAAAUUCUUCAACGCUGUGUCGAUCCAGGGUGCUGAUGCGGUCAUGCAGGCUCGCGGCGUCCCCCCCGAUGUGAGGUGGUUUUUCAUGUCGGCCUUUGACAAAUUUGGAGUCCAGGUGCACACGAGAUGGGGCCCCUCGCCGCGCAUCACCCUGACCAGGGGGUUGCCGCAAGGGGCCGUCUCUGCACCAGACCUAUCCAAAGCAGCGCAGGAUCCAAUUUUGAGACUCCGUGAAGCCAGCCCUGCGGCCUACACUACCGUGGGUGGUCGUCGGGUAGCCACCACGGGCUACGUAGACGACUCUGAGCACUACGGGCGCGGGGCCGCAGACCUUUCUCCCGUCCUGGGUGAGCUGUCUCUCGGUAGCCGAGGCACUGGCAUUGGCUUCUCAUGGGGAAAAUUCUCUGCACUUGCAACUGAUUGGGAAGAGCAUCUUGCCCGGCAUGCGCCGGAGGACAUGACCUAUGAUGGUAUAGCUGCCACUGGCUGGGACAUUUGGGAAGGGGGCUUAAUAACACAGACGCUCCCCAGGUCAUUUCCCACGUCCGAGGAAGUAUUGCUUGGCAAGAUUGUGUCUUACAACGACCGGCACGCCGCUGCAGCUGCUGAUCUGUUGCGCAGGCUCCGUACCACCCGCAUGGAUGUUCAAGCGCGGGGAUGCACAUGGGACGAGGCGGCCAUGAUAUACCAACUCAAGGUCCGUGGCUUUCUCUCGUACUCUGCCCUCAUUGGCAUCCCAUCGCCUCUCGGUCUGCAUGAAGAGGACGCUGCCUUCCAGCGCCUGAUCCUGGCUCGUCUGGGAACGAGGUGCACUGCCGAGCGGGUAAGCCUGCUGGCCUCGGCCAAUGUCGGUGGGUUGCAACUCCCCUCGAUUGUGGAGAGUGUGGUUUCUGCGGUGGCGCACGACGUCCUCGCGUUACUUAAUGGGAAUGGCCUUGCGGCCCAGAUCGCCAGGGACAGCCUCCGUGAGGCCCUUCUGCGUCCUGCGGCUGACCUUAGCGUUGAGACAUACGGUCUGGUGUCUCGGGCCUUCCACUUCCUGUCCCAGUAUGGACUCUAUAUCAACGUUGGAACUGAUCGGACCGUUGGCCGCAUCCUGGACAACCUUCGCCAGGCCCGCGGAGGUGGGCAACUGUGCAUGGUGGGCGCGUACCAGCCUGCGCAGGCCCGCUCGGCAGCUUCCUUCUGCCGGGUCGGCCCGCUUGCCAACUCGGUACGAGCUGCUGUUGUGGAAAUGGAGCGCCUCGCAAUCCCACGCGGGCGCUGGGGCGAGGAGCUGGUAUGGACUGACGUCCUGGAUGGCGCGGCCCCGGUCACAGCUGCUGAAUGUGCAACUGCCGCCGCCCAGGCCCUUGCGCAGUCAAGUGCAGACUGGGAGACGGAACGACGCCUUUUUGGAGUCCGUGAGAGGGGUGAGGAACGAGAGGACUGGCCUGCGCGCUCAUGGGAAUGUCCUAUGAUGGUAACAUCGCGGGUGCGUCUUCUCGCCGCCCCUGUUCCUGAUGGCCUAGAGGGUGAUGUUGGCUUGUACAGCGAUGGCGGACAAGACCACGAAACCUGCACCUUCAGCGCCCAAGCUCGUUCUUUUGGCCCUCCUGGUUGCUACUGGGAUUUCAGUGCCGCGUCUGGGCACCGGCAUUGCGGGAGGCUUCCCGGUCGGUACGGUCACGAGGCUGCGGGUAUUCACGCAGCGGAGCUGUUGGGUAUGCUUGUGGCCUUGCGCCGUCGACGCCGCGGGCAAUGGAACUUGCUGGUCUGCGACCGUAGCGCCCUCUUUUCGGCACUCCGUCGCGCUAGCGAGGGAGCCCACCAGGACUGGCGUCAUCAUUACCUGGAGUCCACUCUUCUGCACAUCUGGAAGGACCUGGAGGCAGCCUGGGUGUCUAGCCAACAUCCGCCGUCCUGGCGAGUGGAUAUGACGGAAAACCCCGAGACCUGGCUGCAGCGCGGAACCCAACAGGGCCGUACGGUCACUCUGUGCCGGGUCGCCUUCUGUGCUGCGGGCCUCGUCGGCGUGGACAUAAAAAGCCACCAACAGCAGGAUUUGAAGCCGUACCCAGUGGUGGCGCAAGGUAACGCAGCUCAGGACGCUGGUUGCCGCAGGGCGCGUGCACUCCACAGGCCGGAAGACGUCUUUGUCCCGACUGGUGGUCUCUUUGCCUUCGCAAGCUUUCAAGGCCGUGCCGUCACCUCACCUGUACGUGAGGCGGUCCGUGGCCUCCUGCGCGAAGAGGCUGCCCACCAAUGGCGCAACAGGCCGGUACAAGGUAAGCUGGCUCGACUAGGGAACGCUGUCUACCUGCCGUGCCUUCAUCCUCGGCUGUACACAGCUGUGCGAGUGGAGCCGCGUUGGCGCUCCUUGGCAUUACCCACAGACACAGAGACGGUGGACAUUUCUGGUUUUGUACAUCGGUGUCUCCGGGCCAUUGGCGGUGGGCUCUUCCUUCGAGGGCCCCGUGGGGAAGAACCUCUGCACGACGUGGAGGAGUAUGCUGUGCUUCGGCAACUGCGCGGAGCGCAUGCUGAGGCUGCGACCCGUGCCUCUGUAGCUCGUAGCAUCCGCCUUCCCCUUCGAAUCUCCAGCCUGGUCUUCCUGGGACUGCGACGAGUGCGCGCUGAGUAUCUUCAGCGUGCGCGCGCCUGUCUGGACCUCAUGCAGUUGCAGCUCCCAGCGCUGGAGCGCGAUGAGGCCCCAGAGGCUCUGGAGGUGCAGGCCCUGGAACCGCGGAGGGGCGCCCACCUUCUGGCCGAGUGGUUGGAUGGGCGCGGUGAACCCACUGUGCGGCAGCUGCGCUGGCAGGCCUUGCAGCCUAGCGCUGCAGUUGCUCGUGUCCGGGCGGAAAUGCCGGGCCGGCUUCCCGGGGAAGCAACCAUCCUGGAGGCCUUACACAGCCGCGGGGUGAGCGCCCGAGAACACGACAUACUGGGCUGGGGGCCCCAGUGCCCACACUUCCCGGACCUCCUCCGUAUCCUUCAAGCAGGCCCCUGUGUUUGCCGCCAGGUGGACAUCAUGGCGUUCUGCUGGGAUUGUGGCCGCGUUGCGCUCGGUGACCCGGGGCAGGCUAUCCUGCCCUGCCGGUGGUGCCGCCGUCACGUUGCAGGUGAAGAAGCUUGCCGUUCCUGCAAACGGGCUUUGCACUUCCGGGGACAAUGUUUGCUGUGGGGCCAGGGAGCGCAUCAGGCGUACAGAGCAGUGAUGGACACUCCCCUUUGGCUGUGCCCGGACUGCUUGUGGGCCCUCUCGUGCCAAGUCGCUGCCAGCCCGCGACGGGGCCCCAUCCAAGUGCCAAACCAAGACCUUCAUUCAUUCCUGGAACGUGCAGCGGAGCGCUGCUGCCCUGGGGCAGGGGCUGCAAUGUCCCGGCCGCGGGUGCAACAUGCGCCCUUUGGCCUCCGACGUGCCCGAAGGUGGGCUCUUCGACGCAUAACUUCAUCCGGUAACUUAUCCCUGGUGGCCUUGACGGAAGCCUUCUGCCAACACCUGCAGUCGGCUGGCGAGGCCCUGGCGCAGGAUGGACACGCAACUGCGGAUCUCCUGGACCGGGCGUUGAACCUUCUCCUACGCGAGCAGCUGGUCGUGGGUGAUGGCCACUGCGAGCUUCGGGCCGGCGCCACGCUGAUGUUGUUUACGCUGUUGCGCUCCUGGGCGCAGGUUGCUUACGCAGAUGCGGGGAUAGCACCUGACAGCGUAGUGUCCUAUUUCUGCUGUAUGGUUCAGUACUGCCGUAGGCAGGGCUGCGGGGUCAGGCUGAGCAACGCCCGCAUUCGGGCCGGCCUGCGCACCUGCGCAGCACACGGACGCUCAGCGAGAUCCGCCUGCGUCUGGUGCGAAAUGCAUGGCGGUCCAGCCCCGGGCAGUGGCCCCGGGGAGGCUCGCGCGGCUAGAAGCAGAAACGCCUGUCGCGCUGUGCCUCAGGUGCAGGAGGCCCGCUGCCACCGCGCAAUCUCUGCUGUCCUCCUUCAGGCCCUUGCGCAAGGCUCUGCGCACCCCCUAACCCCGGCUGCCCCACCCCCCUCACUCGCUUGGCCUGCUGGCGAUGCCUUUGAAGAGCAACGGCCGCGAGGUUGCCCGGCAACUGCAGUCCUACUCAACCUGGCGCUUCGGCGCCGGGUGUCGGAUGCUGCUUACCGCUACUUGGGCUGGUGGCACUGCUGGGACAGAAGCCGCCUGCUGGAAGGCCUGCUUCUCUACUCGGACACGGAAGGAGACCCGCUGGACGGCACCGACCACCACGUGGCGGUGAGGAACCAGAUGCGGACGGCGCGGGCUCGACAGGACCGCCGCAGCAUCCGGGGCACCCUGGAGAAGUGUCUAUUGGACCCUGUGCAGAGCCUCUGGAAGAUGCGGCGUGAGGUGCUGACCGCAGCCGCAGACGCCAACUGGAAGCCGCUCCUUGGCACCAUAAGCCAAAUCCCUGGCUUUGCCGAAUUCUGGAGCAACAUCCUGGCGUACGAUAUGCGUCGGGCCGGCAUUGCCACCCACCUCCCGGCAGACAGAAAUCUGUUCUGCGUGUGGGGCGCUACUGGGGCGACCCGUGGCCUACGCCGCGCUCUGGGCCUUGCGGAGGGCACGGCCCUGGAGCAGCAGAUCUGCCUGGCUUGGGGCCGGCGAAUCCUCGGGUGCUGUCGCCGAGUUUGGCAGCGUAGCAUCCUGGGUGUCCGAAGCCCUACCAUUCACGGGGCGCCUGACCUGGAGCUCUACCACAUACAGUGGUGGUUCUGCGAAGUCAGUAAGACGCCCCCGGCGGUCUGGCGUGUGGACUAA